AUGGCGCUGACAUUGUAUGCGCUCUUUGGCAUUUUUGUAUGCUACCGCAUAUACAGGGUAAUCUACAACCUCUACUUCCAUCCUCUCGCCCCUGUCCCCGGACCGAAGCUCUACGCAGCCUCUUGGAUCCCACGACUAUGGCGCCAACAGGUCCUGGGAGUACACUGGAAAGACCUCGUCGCGCUGCACGAGGAGUACGGUCCCAUCGUCCGCACGGGACCCGACGAGGUCUCCAACGCGUCCGCGCAGUCCUGGGAAGACAUCUGCGGCAGCCGCGUGUUCAACAGAGACCUGAAUUUCCUGCGCGUGACGCAGCUCAGCGAACGCGGGGGUUUCAUCUCCCCGGUCAAGCAGGAGCAUAACAUUGUGCGCAGGCUGCUGCAGCCCGCUUUUACCGAUCGCACCAUCCACCGCCACGCCGACAUCUUGUCCGAGUGGGUGACGAAGCUGCGGCUCAACGUCGCCGCUCACAACGGCGAGCCGGUGGAUAUCGCACAGAAGCUGGUAUGGAUGACGUUUGACGUCAUGGGCGUGCUCAGCUUCGGCGAGAGCUUUGGCUGCCUCGACAAAAACACCCAGCACCCGUACCUCAGGGCCAUCGAACUCGGGGCGCCGUUCCUGUCCGCGCUCCAGGUCGUGCUGCGGUACGACGCCACCAGCUCGCUGUAUGGCCUGCUGCUCAAACUCCCGCUCAUGCGCUUCUGGAACAGUCUGCGCGCGACCGCAGAGGCCAAGGCCGCGCGCUGGAUCGACAACGCGGACGAGUCUCGGGCGGACGUCAUGUCGCUGAUCUGGGCGGCCAUGCAGGACACGUCCAACCCGCUGUCGGCCGGUCAAGCCAACGACCUCGCCUCGAUCCUGUGCCUGGCGGGCGCCGAGUCGACCCCCGUGCUGAUGGCGGGCAUGAUGUGGUGGGUGUUGAGCACGCCGCGCGCGCACGCCCGGCUCGUGGCCGAGAUCCGCGGCGCCUUCGCCCACGCGUCCGAGAUCCAGGUCCCGAACCUGAGCAGGCUCAAGUAUCUGGACGCGUGCAUCAUGGAGGCGCUGCGGCAGCACACGCCCUUCUCCGUCGCCAUCCCCCGCAUCGUGCCCGAGGGUGGUGCCACCGUCGAUGGCUACUUCCUCCCCGCCGGCAGCGUCUGUGGGGUCCCGCACUGGGCGAGCGCGCACCUCGCCUCCAACUUUGCCGACCCGGACGCCUUUGUGCCCGAGCGCUGGCUGCCCGACGCCCCGCCACCAUAUGAUGCGGACCGCAGGGACACCUUCAAGCCGUUCGCCAAGGGUAGCAUGGACUGUAUCGGGAAGCGGCUGGUCUACCACGAAGUCCGCAUGGUGAUGGCGACGCUCUUCUGGCACUUCGACAUGGCUCUUUGCGAGCAGUCGCGUGAUUGGGUGGCGGGCGCCAACGCGACAGUGCGCCUGAUGCGCGAGAAGCGAGCGCUGUGGGUGCGGGCGUCGCCUGUCGUUGGAUGA